GUUGACCGGCCUCCUCCGCUGCGUCUGUCCGAGUGUCGGCGCCUAUAAAGGGAUGACAGCAGGGAUGUCCUCCCGCUGAGCUCCGGGACACGAUGCUCGGUCUGACGCUGCUGCUGUUGUUGCCGACGGCCGCCGCCGCCGCCGCGGACCGGUCCAGGACGGAGGCUCCGCCGCUCCGGGGGCCGGGGCUCCGCUUCUCCCCGCCGGUCCCCGCCUCUCCCUCCGCCCCGCCGCUGCUCCUCCUCCCUCAGCCCGGGGCGGAAUACGGGGCGCCCGGUGUGGCCUUGGCCCGGUCCGCGGCGGAGGAGCCGGACGGCCCCGCGGAGGAGGAGGACGGCGGGCACCACGGGGAGCACGGCGGCGGGUACCGGGUGGUCCAGUGGGAGUGGAGCUACGUCCAGACCCCGUUUAUCAUCGCCAUCUGGCUGCUGGUGGCCAGUGUGGCCAAGAUCCUGUUCCAUUUCUCUCAGCGUUUCACCACUGUGGUCCCAGAGAGCUGCAUGCUGAUCCUAUUGGGUCUGGUUCUGGGCGGAGUCGUUCUCAUAGCCAAUAAGAAGCAGCUGUACCAGCUGGAGCCCGCCCUCUUCUUCCUCUUCCUGCUGCCCACCAUUGUAGGUGACGCGGGAUACUUCAUGCCGGCUCGACUCUUCUUCGACAACCUGGGCGCCAUCCUGACCUACGCUGUGGUGGGAACACUGUGGAACGCCUUCUGCACCGGGUUCUGCCUGUACGCCACCAAGCUGCUGGGAGUCAUAGAUGAGCGUGUCCAGGCUGACCUCAUGGACUUCCUGUUGUUCGGAGCUCUGAUAUCAGCUGUAGAUCCGGUCGCUGUCCUCGCUGUGUUUGAGGAAGUUCAUGUUAAUGACAUGUUGUUCAUCAUCGUGUUCGGAGAGUCACUGCUGAACGACGCCGUCACCGUGGUUUUAUAUAAAGUCUAUAUUUCCUUUGUGGAGGUUGGAGCUGAGAACGUGCAGAUGACAGAUUAUUUCAAAGGAGUCGCCUCCUUCCUCAUCGUCAGCGUCGGAGGGACUCUGGUCGGUCUGGUCUUCGCCGUCAUCCUCGGCUUCAUCACCCGCUUCACGAAGAAGGUCCGGAUAAUCGAGCCGCUCUUCGUCUUCCUGCUGGUCUACCUGGCCUACCUGACCGCAGAGCUCUUCUCACUGUCCGCCAUCCUGUCGAUGACCUUCUGUGGAAUCGGAGCCAACAAGUACGUUGAGGCCAACAUCUCCCAGAAGUCUCGCACCACGGUGAAGUACACCAUGAAGACUCUGGCCAGCAUCGCAGAGACCAUCAUCUUCAUCUUCCUGGGGAUCUCAGCCGUGGACAAAUCCAAGUGGGCCUGGGACACUGGCCUGGUGUCCUGCACCCUCGUCUUCAUCUUUGUCUUCAGAGCCGUUGGUGUGAUUGGUCAGACCUGGGUCCUGAACCGUUUCCGCCUCGUCCCACUGGAUAAGAUCGACCAGGUGGUGAUGUCGUACGGUGGCCUGCGGGGGGCGGUGGCGUUCGCCCUGGUGGUGCUGCUGGACGGAGAACAGGUCAAAGCCAAAGACUACUUUGUCGCCACGACGAUCGUGGUGGUGUUCUUCACCGUCAUGUUCCAGGGUUUGACCAUCAAACCUCUGGUGAAGUGGCUCAAAGUUCCUCGAUCCACCAGCAGGAAGCCCACCAUCAACGAGGAGAUCCACGAGAGGGCCUUCGACCACAUCCUGACUGCAGUGGAGGACAUCGCAGGACUGCAGGGAUACCACCACUGGAGGGACAAGUGGGAGCAGUUUGAUAAAAACUACCUGAGUAAACUGCUGCUCAGGAAGUCUGUCUACAGGAAGAGUGAACUGUGGGAGGCCUAUCAGAAGAUCAACAUCAGGGACGCCAUCAGCGUCAUCGACCAGGGUGGUAACGUCCUGACUUCAGCCAGACUUUCUCUUCCUUCGAUGGCCAGCAGAGCUUCGUUUCCUGAAGUGACCAACGUCACCAACUACCUGCGUGAGAACGGCAGCGGAGUGUGUUUGGACCUCCAGGUCAUAGAUAACGUUCCUGGAGGUAAAGUGGAGGAGGACACAGAGACACAUCAUGUCCUCGCCGGGAACCUGUACAAGCCCAGGAGACGGUAUCAGUCCCACUACAGCCGACACUUCAUUCCUCUGGGGGAGAAGGAACGUCAGGACCGGGAGGUGUUUCAGAGGAACAUGAAGAGCCGCAUGGAGACCUUCAAAUCUACCCGACACAAGAGGCACAAGAAGGAACGGAGCCUGAAGAAGCGUCGAGGAUCCGACGCCAAAGAGGAAGGCGGUGACAAACCGAGACGUAACGUCAGCUGGCAGGACAAAGAUCCGGUGGUGGUUCCUGUGGAGUCAGAUCCAGACCGAGCUGAACAUUCAGACCCAGAAAAGGACGAAGACGUCGGCAUCACCUUCGUAGCUCGUAAAGCCGAGACGCCCAAGGAACGGCCGAAAUCAGUUCCUGCAGCUCUGGACGGCACCCAGAGCCCUCCCCCCGGCCCCCCCUCCCCCACAGGUGGAGAGACUCACCUGCCGUGGAAAGGAGGCGUGGGGUCUCCGCCCCCCUGUGUGUCUGUGGAGGCCACUAAGAUCAUCCCGGUGGACCUUCAGCAGGCCUGGAACCAGAGCAUCUCCUCCCUGGAGAGCAUCUCCUCCCCCCCGGCCCCCGCCGAGCCCGUCCACCCCCGGGUCAGCGCCCUGUCCCGACUGGGUGCCACCCGGCCCGCCUCCUACACGCCGCCGGGCAGCGUGGCGGCAAGCUCCGCCUCCUACACGCCGCCGGGCAGCGUGGCGGGAAGUUCCGCUUCCAUCGGGGCUCAGCUCUCUCAGGGCUCCUUCUGCUUCCCCGACGGGAGGAAGGACGAGGAGGACGAGGAGGAGGAUGAGGGGGCGGAGCUACAGCCGCUGAUGUCAUCUCUGAGGCCCCCUGGGUCGCUGCCCCCGGCCCCGCCAGGCCCCGGCCCCGGCCCCGGCCACACCCCCGGCCGCGCCCCCGGCCCCGGCAGGAGGAGGAACCCCUGUGUGUACCUGAGGAGCCUGGUGACGGCGCCCCCAUCUGGCAGCGGCGAGCCGCACAGCCGAGGCCCCACCCAGCUGUAACAGCCAAUCAGAGGUCUGACAACAGGAAGCUGCAGAACCCUGAUUUUCACAAUAAAACCCCCAAUGAGCUGGAUGAUUGAUAAAGUUCCACCAAAAUAUGACUUCCUGUGCUGCAGUUGAACUAAACGCUCAGAGCUGCAGGUUAAUAAUGAAUAAAAUCAGUUGUACAGUUUAAUUAUCAGACGCUGUGAUCUGAAUGACAAACAUCUGAGAGCAGAAACAACAGGAAGUAAUAAUCAGGAACAAAGAUUCUUCAGCUCUGAUAUUAACAGAGAAGUGUUUUUAAUGUUUAAUACAUUAAACUGGGUUCAUAUUCAGUGUACAGCUGUGGUUCCAGCUCAGUAGGGGUCGCUGUUGUAAAAUAAGGAUUCAGUAAAGCAGCUUCCUGUAAAGCAGCUCCACCAAUCAGCAGCCGCCUCAGGCUGUCCAAUAGGAAACCAGCUCAGCAUCCGUUCUCCUGAGUGUCUCCGCCCACACGAUGACAGGUCAUCACCUGAUCGAUGGCCCCGCCUCUCUCUGACCAUGUGGCUGCUGAGAUCACCUCCUUCGUCCAAUCACAGUUCAGAUUGCAGGUCCUCUAGAACAGUCUGAACCUAGAACAUGCAGCAGCUGUAAAAACCUCCAGAAAGUUUAAAAACUCAAAGAAUCUUCAGAUUUCCACCAAACUAAACAUGGAGUCACUUCAGGAAGAUCAUCCACGUCUGAAUGUCAUCAGAUUUCCUCUGAAUCACUGUUUUCUUUUCCCUCCUGUCUGUGGCCCUUUGGUUAAAAACACAGCUGGCCACUCGUAGGAAGAGUUUAGAAACUAAACAACUAAACUAAACUGAAGUAAUAUUUGGAUGAUGUUCAUUUUGUCGUUAACUGUCAUAGGAUAACGUUAUUGCUUUUACACCGACAAAUCAAAGUAAAGAUGGUUUUACCUUAGCUGACAUGUUUCAACAGCCUUCUUCAGAGCGUUAUCUGACGUGUGCUGACGUGUCCUUUUUAUCAGCUGAUAAAAAACAUCUUUUCUUUGAUUUGUCGGUGUAAAAGAAAUAACGUUAUCCUAUAAACUGAAGUAAGUUAACCCCUUGACGCCUGAAUUUAUUUAGAAUUAAAUACAAAACAUUUUUUGUGUGUUUUUGCUUUCCAGUUGAUGCUAAAAUAAGUGGAGAUUGUUAAUUUAUCUAUUACACAUAGAACAGAUAUAUAAUAAUGAUAACAGAUAUAUAAUAAUUAGGUCCCACUCCGACCGGUCCUACCAGAAACCAGUUCUUUAAAAGGUUCCUUGGUAUGUAUUGAGUCUACACAAGCCGGUACUGGGGGAAUGGAUACGCUAUCUGCAGUCUGAAUGAAAGUGGUAUGAAGAUAAUUCACAACAAUAAGCGUCAAGGGGUUAAACUAAAUUAAAUCAGAAUCAGCUUUAUCAGCCCAGUCUGUGAGCAAACAGAGAAUGUGACUCCAGUGAAUCUGAUCUCUCAUUGAACAGGGAUCAGAAAAAAACUACAAGUACUAAAAACAGGGUAAAAGUUGAGGAGAGAACAAUAAAAAUAAGAGCAUAUAUACACCCUAAAUAUCCAUAAAUAGCAGCAUUUACAGAGUGGCAGGGUCACUGAGCUAAACUCAACCAUAAACUGAAUGAUUUCCUGCUCUGAUCUCCGUCUUAUAUCGAUCAAAUCUACAAUCAAUACUCUAAUCAAACAAAGAAUGGAUGGUAUUAAUCUGCUGCAGGAGGCUCUUGGAUGGUCUGAGAGGAGGAUUAUUAGUUUUAUCUUCAUUUUAUUAUAACUUCCUCCAUCCAAAGUUCUUCUCCAAACAGCUGAAACCACAGUGAUCCAUAAAACCAUGAGUCAGUCCAGACCAUAAUAAAAUGUAUUGAACUCAUAUUAAAUCACAGUAUUUAUGCUUAAUAACCUCUAAAUUAAAAUGUGUUAUUAUUGAAUCAUGAUGUUCGGUUUGAAAACAUUAAAAUGUCCUUUAAUGAUGCUCUUAUGAAGAAUAUUGUGAUUAAUUUGUGCCAACAGCAGCUUCUAAAGGUCUGAUUGUUUGUCGCCUGGAAGCUGCAGACUGUAGUAGAUAUGAGCCAGCAGGUGGCGCUGCAGCACUGAUCAUACCAGGAUGUUCUGCCUUUACCCUGAGCUCCUAGAAGCUUCUCUGAGUAUUUAUUCCUAUCCUGUCCGAUCCUCAGUGUGUUUUGUAAAGCUGCAGGUGUGUAAAUCUCCAGAGUAGUUUAUUUUAAAUGACCAAAGUGUAAAAACGAGCUUGAGAACAUUUCUACCAUCGAACUGCCUUCCUGUUGCUCUGCGUUUGUGUGUCUGUGUGUGUCUGUGUGUAGCUGGACAGCAGCUGCAUUCCACCAGCACAACAUGUUUGUGUGUCUUUAGGUUUCUGUCGUUUUGCCAAAGAAUGUUUUUGCCUUAAAGUCUCUGCUGCUUUCAGGUCACUUCGUCCUGCAGCUGGACGGAUUCUUUCAGCCUCCAAACACAAAACAGAAAACAGAAGCUGCUCUGAGCUCCAGCUGCAGCUCCUCACAUGUUCACCCAGACAUGAAGCUUCUCUGGUCACGUUGGUGGGAGCAAAACUUAGCUUCAUGUUCAACUGGAUCAGGAUCAUUUCACUUAAAAUCUAAAUUCCACCAGAACCUCCUGAGAACAUCUGGUUCUUCAGCUCCAGUAACUUAAUUAAUGAUCAGAGUUCUACCUUCAUACUGGGAAUAUUUCCAGAGUUCCAGGUCCUUGAAGUCCAUAGAGGAGAACGUCCCCUGGAGAAAGUUCUAGAGUAGACCUACCAACAACUGUCCAGGUGUGGGUAGGUCUACUCUAGAACUUUCUCCAGGUGUGGGUAGGUCUACUCUAGAACUUUCUCCAGGUGUCAGUAGGUCUACUCUAGAACUUUCUCCAGGGGAUUUUCUCCUUUCCUGUUUCCAGUCUUUAGGUUUAGUCUCACUUCGAACAUUCCAGGUCCUUGAAGUCCAUGGAGGUGGGUCCAGAUUAAUCACUUUUAAUGAACUUUUUCCAUCAUUUCUGAGCCUCAGAACUUCAUCAGUCCAGCAGAUAGAACCAUGACAUUUAGGAGGAGAAACACAUCUGAGUUCUGGUAGAAACUGACACCAGACCAGUUUAAAUCCAUCCAGGUGUCUCAGUCUGAACACUGAAUCUGUUUUGCUCAUUUUCCCUAUAACCAGCCGUGACCAUCAGUAUUAUGGGAUGUAUCAUAGUUUGAACAGCAGUUUAAGUGAUGUAAAAUAAAUGAAAAAAAGAUGCAAAUCAGAAAACAACCACAAUGUGAUGCAAAAUGACCAACAGUGAUGCAAAAAAGACACAGAAAGAUGCCAAACAGCUGAAAUGUGACACAAAAUGACCAAAAGUAGUUUAAAAUAACCAAAAAUGAUGUAAAAUACCACAAUUUAAUCCACUCCAGGUGUCACAGACUGAACACUGAAUCUGUUUUUGUUCUUUUUCUCUAUUACCAGCUGUGAUCAUCAGUAUUAUGGGAUGUAUCCUAGUGUGAACAGUUUAGAAACCUAGAAACCAUCGUUGGUACUCUGGACGUAUUUCUGAUUUAAAACCAGUCAGUAUAUCCCUUAAACAGGAGAAUAUGUGAGUUGUUGCAGUAUGAAAGCUCGUUAUCGCUGCUGUCUCUCCUCAGAAAACCUGCUGCUGCUGCUGCUUGUAGAAACGAUCAUCUGUGGAGAAACUUGAAGUUUCAUCGUCUGUAAAACAACCUGCACAGUGUCCACUUCCUGUCUGUCUACCUGUGAUUCAGGUCACCUGUGGAAAAUCAAAUGUAACCUUUCUGUCUCUGUGCCAAAAGUCUGUUUGCUUUAAAGAGUCAAUAAAUGUGACGUGCUUUUCUCAAUGAA